UGAACGACGGCCGACGGAGACAUUUUAAAUAAACACACAGCUAACUGCUAACGGCUAACAGGGCUCGCUGUGGUGCGAGCGGACUGCGCCAAAAAACACGUUCAAAUUGAUCCAAGUUGUCCAGAAGUAAAGUGCAUUCAGAAGUGCAUUGUUUGUGCAUCGCGAACCAGAGAAACUGCUAAUUACCGAAGAUGUCGAGAAGUGCGUCGCUGGGAGAAGAAGAAUAUAACUAAGGCUGUGCAGGUGAGCUCCCGUCCAGGCACAUUGGUCCAUGUUUGUUGGACCUUUGGGCUCUGGGCUCAAUUAGCAUGAAGAUGGCUGAUUCAGAGAAGGCAGAAGAAUUUGUGGAUGCUGAGUGCCCUCCAGAGUGCCUUGAUGAAGCACAAUCAGCCACCGCUUCUGGUCAAGGAGAGCAGGAUGAACACCUGAAAACAGAGACCACCACCAGUACCAGCUCACCCCCAAGGGAAAAGGAGGCAGACAGCCCAUUGCAUACAGAGGGAGAGCAGAGUCUCCUCUCCAUGCCUUUCCUGAUGAAGGAGCUCCGCCGAGACUCCCCAGAGUCCCAGCAUGCCUCUACGGGGAGUGACAAGCCUGUGUCUCGUCAUAUCUAUGAGAGUGACUCUUCAAACCCCUGCAUGCUCUCCCCUUCAUCCAGUGGCCACCUGGCUGACUCAGACACACUCUCCUCAGGGGAAGAAGGGGCCGCUCCUCCUGUUGGUGAGGAAGAAGAGGGCAGCAUGGAAGCUGCAAAUGAUCCUGGGCAGGCAGCAGCAAGGCAAGCCUCCGCCACAGCUUCAGGGGGUAGGAAGUCUCGGCGGUCACGUUCAGAGAGUGAGAUGCCUCCCAAUGCAAUGGCUGCAAAGAAGAAUCGCUGCCAGCCCACUGUGGUAGCAGCAGGAGGGCAGGAAAAACAAACCAAUGGCAAGCUGGCAAAAGUGAAAGGUCACCGGAGCCAGAAACACAAGGAGCGUAUACGUCUGCUGAGGCAAAAACGAGAGGCAGCAGCACGGAAGAAGUAUAACCUGCUGCAGGACAGCAGUACGAGUGACAGCGAGCUCACAUGCGACUCAAGCACCAGCUCAUCUGAGGACGACGACGACGAUACUUCAGGAGGUAGCAAGACAAUCAAGACAGAUAUUCCAGACGGGCCUCCAGUAGUGGGUCACUUUGAUAUUUCAGACACUGAUUCUAACCAGGAGAGUAUGAGUGUGGAGACAGUCCGGCCUACGGUGAUAAAGCAUGAGCUAAAAACACACAGAGACCAGGAUAUGGCACCUCACUCUGGGUGUAUAAGAGCUCUGAGCUCAAUCUCAGGCCACGUGGAGGCAGAGCUGUCGCACAAGGAGAGUUCUCAGCACAAGGGCCAGAUUAACAUUGCUUCCUCUGACAGUGAGGUGGAAAUAGUGGGAGUGCAAGAGAAAGCACGAUGCGCCCAUCCAUGCGGAGGGGUGAUAAAGAGUUUGUCGUCCUGGAAGGAAAGCUCAGUGGAGCAGUUAAACAGCACAAAUCAAUCACAGCUCUGGACUACUGUUUCCCCUCAGCCCAACUGGGUGUCCCCUCCUGAAGUGGUGGACCUCACGCUGGACGAGGACCCCGGACACAGAUACCUACUUUAAACGACUUGUUACACUGAAGACUCGUCAUUUCUCCCUCUCACUCCUCCUCAUCCAUCUCACCUCCCCUUCCGUGUUAAAGCUGAAAUUCUCUCUAGAGUCGCGGCCUCGCCUGUAACCGCUUGUGGACUCUUCUUGCCCCAGAGCACUCUUUGUUUUUAACUCACCGUUGAACAAUCAUGUAUCAAAGCCAUUCUACUGAUGUGAUUCCCCGAUCUUGGCUCAUCAGCUGUGGAUUUAGUCGUAAUAAAAUGGCACAACACUUUUAAUGCAGGUGGAAAUGUACAUGAGUGAUUUAUCUGAUAAUGCUAGCAAUAUCUUCCCUUCAUUUAAUACCUCAGUUUCUCCCUCAGUAACAGGAUGUAGGUAGUCAUUUUGUGUUGUGUGCUUGCAAGCUGCAUAGUGAAACCUUCAAGUUGCUGCUUUAGAGCAGGUCAAUAUCACAACAUUGCCGUUGGCUUGCUUCACUACAGACUUUGAGUGGGAAAUUUUGAGACUGGAUUCGGCUUUUUUUAUCUGCUGUCACCUGCGGUCAAGACAAAAUGGCCGCUGGUGAACUUUCUAUUGUACAGUAAACUGUAGCCAGAUGGCAAAGUUUACUUUGCACCUGUCUAGCGUGAUUUUAAUUUUCUAAGGUCUCACCACUGGAUUCACACUCAGAUCAAUCUGCAUUUAUAGUUUGCUUUACUAUACAAUGUCCUGCAUAGCCUCUGAUGCUGUCAGAUUGUUUUGGUUUAUCCUGAAGGAAUCAUUGGACAUUUUGGGAAACUUUUGCCGAGAGUUAAAAGAGAAGAUUGACACCUAUCUGUUAGAAAUACCUGAAGUUAGCUCAGGUUAAGAUCAGAUUCAGGGAAAUGACUAGCCUGACUCUUACUAGCUCCUCUAAAGCUCACUACUUAAUAUGCCAUAUCUUGUUUUUGAAUCUGCACAUCAAUUACAUCCUCUGAUUGGGUGAGGGGGGUUAUGUGUCUAUUUCUUCACCAGGCACAAUAACUUCCUGGAGUCGCGUUUUGUGAAAUAGUUGAACAGAUACAGGCUCAGUGAGUCUUCCUGACUCCAGUCUUUGUGCUAAGCUGAGCUAACUGGCUGCUGUCUGUAGCUUCAUAUUCAACAGAUCGACACCGGAGUAGUAUCAGCCUUCUCAUCUGCUGUUAGUGCUUCAGAGGAAUGCAAAUAAUCAUAGUUCCCAAAAUGUCUUUUGAUUUGAGUUGUCUGUUACUGCUAUAUCACAAACAGUUUUUCCUUUUUAUGAAAAUGAACAGAAAACCACUGUUUAGACUCUGAGGGAAAAACUAAAAUGCACUACAAAAUACAGUUGAUUUCCAUCACUGCAGCACACUGCGUGGCACUGGUGGUCUAUUGACAAUAGAAAUGAGUUAGCUUUUUGUGUUACGAUUUAUCAGAAGCCAAGUUUUUGAGUCUGAGAGUGUCCAAGGUGACGUCGUUCUCAGUGAAUGUAUGACCUUGCAGUGCUGACUGGGUGUACUUGUCGUUCGCAUGCUUCUCCUGAAUAGAUGCAAACUCCUUUAAACCUCUGGGGACCCCUUUAUAAUAACUGAGGAUGUGCAUCUUCCAUUGAAAUACUGCAAAGCAAGAUGGCCUGAAUGCCUUGAAAUGUGCACUAUUUUCUUUUCGAAUGGUAUAAAGCUUAUUCUUUUACCUUACAAAGCAGCCGAUUUUGCUAUCUCAACAAUAAAUAUUUUAAUAAUAGAUGUGAAUUUAGCACACAUAAAAAGAGUAAAAGUGGUGUUGAGUUUGUGCCCAUGUGUGGCGCGUUUCUAGACAUUUACUGUAUGAACUGUUUUUACCCUGAUCCUCAGGGCUUGCUCGCUCUCUUUCCCUGCAGUCUUAUUUUGUCCUCAUGCAGUACUGCAGCCACGCUGGCAAAUUUUUUAUCUACAAUCCAAAUGUCACCCAAUAUUUUGACACUUAGAUUUGUUCUAUUGCAUAUUGAAUAACAUUUACUUUCCUAAGUGAUGCUUGAGAAACAUAGAGUUAUUAUUUUAAUUUCUGCAGGUCACAGAAAGGGAAAAUCCUAAAUAUAAAUAACUAAACCAAAGUCUAAAUGGAAUUUAUGUUCUGAGUUUCUUUUAUUUCCCUUUUUAUUCUUAGAAAGUCUAAAUCUUUUAAUUUGGAAGUCAGCGCAUUUGUUGUGAAGAUGUGACAUGAAUUUUAUUUCGAAUUCAAGAUAUUGUUUGGUAUGUUUUUGUUUUUCCUUUGGCCAGUCCUUUCUACUAUAUGCAGCUACCACUGUAAUACUUCUUGAUCCGACCACUUCUGCUUGCAAAAUCCACUUUUUGCUAUUGUUCCGUGGGAUUGAUAUGAACUGUUAGUAAGACAUUGCUCAUGUCUUUAGUGAUAGAGGUGUGCUAGAAAACAGGGCAGUGAUGCUCGACUUUGGUUGCACAUAGCAUGUUCGGUGGCAUCUUUAAACCUCAAGUCAGAUAUUAUCCUCAUUACCAGUAAUUCAGCCUUGCUCUUCUGUUAUUUUUAUUCUAUUUUACUGUCAGUAUUUUAAAUUAACAAAAAAAAAAACUGUUUAUUUUGUUGCUUCUGAAAGUCCCUGACUUCCUUGAAAUUGUCUGUAGAACAAAAAGAAACUAUUUUAAAACUAAAUAAAUAGAGCGUUAUUUAAUGA